UUCAAAAUUCUUUCUAAAAAUCAUCAACAAAAGUUCAUCAAGAUGUCGACUAUUGAGAUGAGAGUUCACAUGGAUUGUGUGGGAUGCGAAAGCAGAGUUAGAAAUGCCCUUCAGAAGAUGAGAGGAGUGGAUGGAGUAGAAAUCGACAUGGUGCAGCAGAAAGUGACGGUGACCGGCUAUGCCGAUCAGAAGAAGGUUCUAAAGAAAGUGAGAAAAACGGGAAGGAGAGCUGAGCUAUGGCAGCUCCCUUAUAACCCUAACCUAGGAGGCGGAAGCAGCAGCAUCAACGGCGGCUACUUCUACAACCCUCAGGGCUGCAACGGCCCAAUAAACCACGCAGCGCCAGUGCCGACAUCUUCUUACAACUACUACAAGCAUGGUUACGAUAGCAAUGAGUAUUCGUCUUACAGGCACCACCCUGUUCAUGCCUCUAUCUUCAGCCACCAGACAGGUUCUAAGUUCAGUGAUGAGAAUCCCAAUGCUUGUUCUAUUAUGUGAGUGAGCUUGAGUAAUGUAAUCAUAAGUUAACAACAAGCCAUAUGUUAUCAUUUGCUUACAAGGCUUCGUUGAUGAUGUUUACUAUUUUUGUUUGUUUGAGCUUACUAUGUAAUGGCAAUUGAAGCUCAAUCGGUUGAUUAAUUAUGCUACUCA